UCGUUACCAUCUACCAUCGCGCUACCGCAAACUUGUAGAAGGUGCUCAGCACGGCGGAGUCGUAGCGUUCUCAUUUUGUACGCUUGUAUGCUGCGCGAAGGAAGCGGCUAACAUGAGCCGAAACCCUGGGAAAAACAAAUUAAACCUCAAGCUUCCGCCGGGCUCCAUUGAGCCGCUAGAUCACUCGGGGUGCGAUCCGACAAACGAUAAAUCGACACAGAACACGAGCAUCGAAGACUUGCAGAAAACACUCGAAGGCUUGGACUUGGAUGAACAGCAGCGCAAGCGGCUGGAGGCAUUCCUGUCCCAGAAGCAGAAAGUUGGCGAACUCACCAGCGAUGACUUUGAGAACCUUGGUGAGCUUGGCGCUGGAAAUGGGGGAGUUGUCACCAAGGUGCUGCAUCGACCCAGUGGCUUCAUCAUGGCCCGGAAGCUGAUUCACUUGGAAGUCAAACCUGCCAUUCGGAACCAGAUCAUAAGAGAGCUGAAGGUGCUUCACGAGUGCAACUCUCCGCACAUAGUGGGCUUCUACGGAGCCUUCUACAGUGAUGGUGAAAUCAACGUCUGCAUGGAGUACAUGGAUGGCGGCUCCUUAGACUUAGUGCUAAAAAGGGCAGGCCGCAUACCUGAAAAAAUAUUGGGAAAGGUCACAAUAGCGGUACUGAAAGGACUCAAUUACUUGAGGGAGAAGCAUCAGAUAAUGCAUCGUGGGGUCUGCUCCCAUGCAUGGCUGGUGCAGAAGCCUAGCUCCGGUUCCAGCCGCAUGCAGUCGUACCAUGCACGUGUCAACGUCCCCUUCCCGUAG